UCUCUGUUUAGGGCAUCUUCUCCACAUGAACCAAUAACCCCAUUUCGUUGCCAUUCCUCUGUUUCCGUAAUCGGUGAAGUAGUAGAGAGCUCUGAAACAGUGCUUAAAGAUGAGCUUAGUUCUCAGAUUCAGGCAGCAUUUAUCUCAAACCUCCUCCAGAUUAUCACUCAUUUCUCGAAUCGGCGGUUACCGGAGUUAUACCCAACCGGCGAAGAUUGAAGAUGAAGAAGAAGAAGAAGAAUUCGAUCAGAGAAAGCUCCCAACAGAUUACGAUCCAGCGACGUUUGAUCCAACAGAACAUCGAAGUCCACCAACGGAUCGUGUAUUCAGACUCGUAGACGAGAUCUCAUCUCUAACAUUAUCAGAAAUCUCCGAGCUUGGUAAGAUUAUAAUGAAGAAGAAAGGUAUGACGGAGUUACCAACAGUCGCUGUUAUGAAACCUGGAGCUGGUGGUGGUGGUGGUGGGAUGGUGAGUCAAAGUGGUGGUGGUGGUGGUGUGAGUGAAGAAGCUAAAGUGGAGAAGACAGUGUUUGAGAUAAAGUUGGAGUCUUUUGAAGCAUCUGCUAAGAUUAAGAUUAUUAAAGAGUUAAGGAGUUUUACUGAUUUGGGUUUGAAAGAAGCUAAAGCUUUGGUGGAGAAGACUCCUGCCAUUUUGAAAGCUGGUUUGUCUAAAGAAGAAGGUGAGAAGAUUCUUGAGAAGUUGAAAGCACUUGGUGCUAAAGUUGUUUUGGAGUGAUCAUCAUCAUCAAUUUGUUUCAAGGUUGGAUUUUUUCUUCUUUUGUUCCAUCUAUGAGGUCAAGAUACAAGGUGAUUAUGGUUUUGUAAGGUCAUAGGUUGUUACACUUGCUCUUUCUUUCUCAUUGCUAAAUUGGGUUUUGAGAGAUGAAUCGUUGCUAGUUCAAGAUGUAUUGCAGAAUAAUACAAGUGUAGACUUUGUUUUAGUUUGUUAUUAUUUUUCCAUGGCUUUGAUCUUGACUCAGAACUUUGUUCAUUUCUAAUGAAAGCUUGUUUCUUUGGCUCCAUGAAA